ACAGAGCAGCCCCGACCCGGGCGAAUGCGGGCUUGUGCCGCCGCCGCCGCCGCCCGGGCCGAGUGACAAAGGAAGGAAGCAAGGAGGAGCCGGCCCCGCAGCCGCUGACAGGGCUCCGGGCUGGGGGCAAAGCGCGGACACUUCCUGAGCCGGCACCGAACAGAGGCGAGGGGCGGCAAGGCGGCCGCGCUGGUGCCGUGGACGGGGGAGGGGACCCGAGGGACGGAAGCGGUUGCCGGGUUCCCAUGUCCCCGGCGUAUGGGAGCUGCCUGGGGUCUGAAGGGAGCUGCCGCCGCCGCCGCCGCCAUGGCCGCUGGAUCCAGCCGCCGCCUGCAGCUGCUCCUGGCGCAAUGAGGAGAGAAGCUGCCGCCACCGCCAGCCUCUGACUGACUCGCGACUCCGUCGCCCUCCAGUUCGCCGGGCCCCCGCCGUCAUCCCGCCGGAUCCCGCGGCAGCCGGAGCCGCAGCGUUUCCCGUCGCAUCUCCGAGCUACCCCCUCCCUCUCCCUCCCUCCUUCCCAUCCCCCUUUCUCUUCAAGCGUGAGACUCGUGAUCCUUCCGCCGCUUCCCUUCUUCAUUGACUCGGAAAAAAAUCCCCGAGGAAAAUAUAAUAUUCAAAGUACUUAUUUACAAUCAAGUAUUUGUCCCCGUUUCACGUGAUAUAUUUUUUUAGGAUCCCCCUUCCCCUUUCUCCCUUCUCACGAAAGGGAGGGGAGAGGAUUGUAUUUUUUCCCCCACCUCCAAAUCAUCUAUAUGUUAAGUAUCCGUACAGAUCUGUCUUGAAGGAGAAAAACAUCGCUUUUUUAAAAUAGUAUACAAAAGGAGUGAAAAGCCAAGAGGACGAAGUCUUUUUUUUUUAUUUUUUCUUGUGGGAGAACUUAAUGCUGCAUUUAUCAUUAACCUAACACCCCAAAAUAAGACAAAAGGAAGAAAAGAAGGAAGGAAGGAAAAGGUGAUUCGGGAAGAGAGUGAUCAUGUCAGGGCGGCCCAGAACCACCUCCUUUGCGGAGAGCUGCAAGCCAGUGCAGCAGCCUUCGGCUUUUGGCAGCAUGAAAGUUAGCAGAGACAAGGAUGGCAGCAAGGUGACCACAGUGGUGGCAACUCCUGGGCAGGGUCCGGACAGGCCACAAGAAGUCAGCUAUACAGAUACUAAAGUGAUUGGAAAUGGGUCAUUUGGUGUGGUAUAUCAAGCCAAACUUUGUGAUUCAGGAGAACUGGUUGCCAUCAAGAAAGUGUUGCAGGACAAAAGAUUUAAGAACCGAGAGCUCCAGAUCAUGAGAAAGCUAGAUCACUGUAACAUAGUGCGAUUGCGUUAUUUCUUCUACUCCAGCGGUGAGAAGAAAGAUGAGGUCUAUCUUAAUCUGGUGCUGGACUAUGUUCCGGAAACAGUAUACAGAGUUGCCAGACACUAUAGUCGAGCCAAACAGACACUCCCUGUGAUCUAUGUCAAGUUGUAUAUGUAUCAGCUGUUCCGAAGUUUAGCCUAUAUCCAUUCCUUUGGAAUCUGCCAUCGGGAUAUUAAACCACAGAACCUCUUGUUGGAUCCUGAUACAGCUGUCUUAAAACUCUGUGACUUUGGAAGUGCAAAGCAGCUGGUCCGAGGAGAACCCAAUGUUUCCUACAUCUGUUCUCGGUACUAUAGGGCACCAGAGUUGAUCUUUGGAGCCACUGAUUAUACCUCUAGUAUAGAUGUAUGGUCUGCUGGCUGUGUGUUGGCUGAGCUGUUGCUAGGACAACCAAUAUUUCCAGGGGACAGUGGGGUGGAUCAGUUGGUGGAAAUAAUCAAGGUCCUGGGAACACCAACAAGGGAGCAAAUUAGAGAAAUGAACCCAAACUACACAGAAUUCAAAUUUCCCCAAAUUAAGGCACAUCCUUGGACUAAGGAUUCGUCAGGAACAGGACAUUUCACCUCAGGAGUGCGGGUCUUCCGACCCAGAACUCCACCAGAGGCAAUUGCACUGUGUAGCCGUCUGCUGGAGUAUACACCAACUGCCCGAUUGACACCACUGGAAGCUUGUGCACAUUCAUUUUUUGAUGAGUUACGGGACCCAAAUGUCAAACUACCAAAUGGGCGAGACACACCUGCACUCUUCAACUUCACCACGCAAGAACUGUCAAGUAAUCCACCUCUGGCUACCAUCCUUAUUCCUCCUCAUGCACGGAUUCAAGCAGCUGGUUCAACCCCUACAAAUGCCACAGCAGCCUCAGAUGCUAAUGCUGGAGACCGUGGACAGACCAAUAAUGCCGCUUCUGCGUCAGCUUCCAACUCCACCUGAACAGUUCCCGAGCAGCCAGCUGCACAGGAAAAACCACCAGUUACUUGAGUGUCACUCAGCAACACUGGUCACGUUUGGAAAGAAAAUUAAAAAGAGAAAAAAAACCUGUUCAUUUUAGUGUUCAAUUUUUUUAUUAUUAUCGUUGUUCUUAUUUAACCUUGUAAAAUAUCUAUAAAUACAAACCAAUUUCAUUGUAUUCUCACUCUGAGGGAGAUCCAAGGGCUGGGAGGGGUUUUGGGGAGGGGGAAAGCGGAGCACUAGAACAUACAAUCUCUCUCCCAUGACAAUCUUUUCUUUAUCAAAAGUCUGCUGUUGUAUACUUUAAAAACAGGAUUCCUGCCUCAUGCCCCUUCCAAGAAGAAAACCUUGUUCUGUGCUGAAGGUUUUUUUUUUUAACUUUGUUUUCUUUUAAAGUCUAGUGUAAGACUUUGGUAUAGUGCACAGCUUGAAAUUGGUUGGGAGCUUAGCAGGUAUAACUCAACAGGGACUUAAAUGUCACUUGUAAAAUUAAUCCAUAUCCUCGGGUAUUUGAAGGCUUGCCUUCAGCAUGUUGGUGGCAGGUGUGGCAGACAGAAAAGGAAACGUGUGUCAUUCAUAACCUAGGGAAGUAAAGUUUGAAACUCUGAGAGGAAGAUUCUUAAUUGAUUUAUGAAAGUUUUGUUUUGCUCUCGGUCAGCACUAGUGGUAAAGAGGCUUGUAUAGAGGCUGCCGGGGAGGAGCAGCUCAGAGGACUCUGGCACACAUGCUCUUCAGGUGGAUCUGUUUGCCUGACAAAGUUCUCUGCAAAUCUUAGCACAGUUUUAAACUAGUGACCUAGGAGGAGAUUGCAAAUGUUUUUAGCAGGCCACUGUGGCUGCAGAGGUCAAAGGCCAGUGAGCCCAGAACAAGGGAACAGGCCAGGAACAUAUCUCACCACUGUGAAUGAAUUUGUCCAGAUUUUUUUCUAAAGUUGCUUCCCUUGGAAAGAUACACUUAAGAGAACAUUAUAGUUAAAUAAUGUGAACUGUAAUCAUCUACUGGUUUAUUUUUCAUAUUUUUAAUUGCAAACAGAGCUUAUGUAAAUUGUCACAGUCUAUACAUAGUUCUAAUUUUAAAUCCAAAUCUAGAAUCUGUAUUUAAUUUCAGCAUUUUUUAACUUCAUGCUUUUUACAUUUAUUUAUUGAUGUAUGUCAGGCCAUUAUGAUUUUAGAUGGUAGAAAUAUUAAAAACUACACAUCAGAAUGACAAACAAUCACUUGUACCUGCUGACUUUAUAGGAAAGCUGAUUAUAUAAAUGUGUGUAUAUAUGUUAUAUAUACAUAUAUUCAAUACUGCCUUUUUUUGUCUACAGUAUCAAAAUUGACUGGUUUAAGCGAGAGAAGAAUUGUUUCCACCCACACUUGGUUAAGAGUUUUUUGUUUAUGUUUUCUUUGUGUAUCAGUGAAUGGUGUAAGAAUCAGUCUCUGUUUUUGAAGAAAAAGCAAUAUUCCUUGGAAAGCAAGGAGGAUUGAAGGAUUAUGUUUGCCGUGAAAAAAUAGAUUUUCAUGACUAGUUUGUUUUAUACUUUUAAGGUUGGUAUCUAUGUGGGCCUUAUAUACUCUAAAAUGAACCUUAGUCACCUUGGUGCUUAUGGGCCAUUACUUGACCUAUGAAUCUUUAAGGCACAAUCAGUUGUACUUUACAUUUAAAGGUCACUUGAGUGAUGGCCACCUUUCCCUCCUUCCCCACAUACCUUCCAAGGUUAGCUGAUAACUGUAGGGCUGCAGAGCUAAGCCCUAGGUUGUGUGUAACUUUCCUCCACCCUUCUCAUUGCCUCCUUGGGUUAGGUUAGGGGGUCUCACCCUCCAGGUGGUUUGGAAGUAGAGUCUCUUGGCAGCCCUCCUGCAGGCCCUGGUACCCUGUCCUGCUUCUUAACCAUGUGUGUGUGACUCUGCAAGAGAGUUAACACUGCCUGCUGAAGUGAACCAACACCCAGAAAGACAACUGUGAGCCAUCUUAGUUUUCACUCAUUGUUUAAGCUCUUAGGCCACAAAAGGAGUUUCUCAAACCUCUGGUUAUAUCAGAGUUCACGAGAAAAGAAAUACUCUCAGUCAAACUAAAACAAACAAAUUGAAUUUUACGUUUUACAAAGUGCUUCAUCUGAGAGCAAAUUAAGAUUUGAAAGAAGUCUGAAAUCAAAGUAGCAGCAUAAUUCCUUAAAGGGAUUGGCUUCGAUAGACCAUUUUCAGAAAGGAUUUAUAAGGAAUCUGAAAAGACAGGUCUGUGAUAGAGAAAUGGAUCUGCUUUCAGAUCAAACUGCCCAAACGUUUGCAUACAGACACUACUCUGGAUUUGGUAUGCAUGUCAAAGUCCAUAAAAAUCUGUGCUUGUUUUAGGAAACAGCACCCCCCCAACACACAAAUGGGGUAUGAGAAGAGAGAAAAGCCAGAAGCUUUUCAUGUGUGUGUGUGUGUGUAUGCGUGCGCGCGCUAAGGUGUGUGCUUUUUUUCUUUCUCAAAAAUCAUGGUGGGAUCACAGAACUCUUUUAUACAAGUGAGAUCCAGGUCUCUGAAUAUCUUUUUGUAAAUAAUAAUAAUAAUAAUAAUAAUAAAAAGCUCCUCACCAAAUUCAAGCUUGUACAUUAUAUUUUCUUUCAGUGUUUUUAAGUUUUAUUGUUUUGUAUGUAAAUAUGUGGACCCAGGAACUGUUAUUAAUGAGCAAAAAGUUACUGUUCAGGGCAGUGAUUCUGUUUAAUAAUCAGACAAAAUGUAGACGAGCUUUUUAAAGCCAUAUAGUUUUAACUCUGUACAGUAGGUACCGGCCUGUAUUAUUGUAACAAUAACUCUAGCAAUGUAUAGUGUAUCUAUAUAGUUUGGAGUGCCUUCGCUUCCAUGUGUUUGGGGAUUUUUUGUUUUUCAUUUCAAAAUUUUUAAUUGGUUUCCUUUAUCCAUGUCUCCCUUCCAUCCUCUUUCCCUUUGAAAUAAUAACUCACUCAAACAGUAUCUUUGCCCUUCCACCAUUAAGUUUCAGUGAUACCAUGCUCAGGAGUGGGAAGAGGAAACCAUAUUCAUAAUCUCAUUUCAUUCAUGCCCUGCCUUUGUUUUGGUUCUGAAUGUUUUGUUUCCUCCUCAGUAGCAGUGACAGGUUUCAUUUCAUACUUAGUCCAUUCAGAGACUUAGUGUAGUGCCAGGGAGCCUAGAUCUGGAGGAUACCGAAUAGAUUAGAUUUUGCUCAUCUCUUCCACAAGCCCUAACCAUGGGUCUUAAAAACAGCAGAUUCUGGGAGCCUUCCAUGCUCUCUCUCCCCCUUACCUACUCCCCUCCCAAAUGAGAGAGAGAGAAUUGUUUUUUUAUACAUUGAAGCUUCUUAAUAGUAUUGGGUUUUGAUACAUCGGCGGUCUAAAAUGCCAUAGUGUAAUUCCUAGCUGAUACUGCACGGAGAGCCGCCAUGCCAGAGGGCUGUUGUUUUAACAAGGGAACUCUUAACCCAUUCCCUGCCUGACAUCUCUACCCCUGUUCAGUGAAAUGUCAUUUUAAUUUCCUUUUUAAAAAUCAGUUUAAUUCUUACCCAUAUGCCCAACAUAAAGACCUUUUUUGAAAGAAAAAAAAUAGAAAGUAUUUGUUUUGCCUCCAAGUACUCCAUUGACAAUGUCUCGAAUAAAAGAAAAAACAAACUUUACCAAACCAAAGGUUGCUAUUUUUGAAACAUCAUGUAUUCAUUCCAACAAAGCAGAAGACUGCACCUUCUUUCCAGUGACAUGUUGUGUCAUUUUUAAAGUCCUUAAUUUUUAGACACAUAUUUUUGGUUUGUGUUUUAACAGUUUAUCUAACCAGUCAUCUUGUCUGCACCAAUGCAAAGGUUUCUGAGAAGACUAUUGUAUUCUCUAUCCCUGUGGAUACAAAGACACUGGCAUUUCAUUUAUUUUUCCCUUUCCUUUUUAAAGGAUUUAGCUUUGGAAUCUUCCAAAGAAAGUUUGGCCAAUGCCAGAUCCCCAGGAGUUGGGGGUGGGGUGGGGGGGGUGGGGUUCUUUUUUAAAAACCAAAAUUGUGUCUAAUUCUUUUUGUUCAUGUUAGUGAUCAUCUAAUCACAGAGCUUAACUCUUUUCUCCCCCAUAUAAAAAAGUAAACAUGCUUUACAAUAAAGUCUGUCUUUCCUGGUAGAAACCUGAGCCACUAAAAAUAAGAGAGACAACUAGAAGCACAGUAGAGUUCCAGAGUGAGGUCUACCUUUGAAGGCUUUGAAAGUAAUCCCUGGGGUUUGGAUUAUUUUCAUGAUGGUUAUGCCUUUACAUUCAAAUUUGUUGCUCCGUUUUGCACCUCCGCAAUAAAAGCAAAAUGACAACAAGUACAUAAGGGGUUAGCUUAACAAAGUAGACUUCCUUGUGUUAAUUUUUAAGUUUCUUUCUUAUAUCUGUCUACAGGCAGAUACAGAUAGAUGUAUGAAAAUCUGCUUGCCUGUAAAAUUUGCAUUUAUAAAUGUGUUGCCGAUGGAUCACUUGGGCCUGUACACAUACCAAUUAGCGUGACCACUUCCAUCUUAAAAACAAAUCUAAAAAACAAAAUUUAUUAUAUAUAUAUAUAUAUAAAGGACUGUGGGUUGUAUACAAACUAUUGCAAACACUUGUGCAAAUCUGUCUUGAUAUAAAGGAAAAGCAAAAUCUGUAUAACAUUACUACUUGAAUGCCUCUGUGACUGAUUUUUUUUCAUUUUAAAUAUAAACUUUUUUGUGAAAAGUAUGCUUAAUGUUUUUUUUCCCUUUCCCCAUUCCCUUGUAAAUACAUUUCGUUCUAUGUGACUUGGUUUGGAAAUAGUUAACUGGUACUGUAAUUUGCAUUAAAUAAAAAGUAGGUUAGCCUGGAAAUGAAAUUAAAAUUCGUAAGUGUGUGGUCUUUAUUUCAGUACCCAACCCUUUCCUUCACCCUACCUAUUUUGCCACUGAAAUAUGUAGUCACAUCAUUUUCAUUCCUCUAAUUUGGGAAAUAUGAAUCUCUGUUAUAAAAAUCAAGGUAUGAACACCAUUUCUCAUUCCUCCCAAUGAUCUUACUCUACUGUGUAGCCUCAAGAGGUGCAGCCUCCAUCUUGGAAACCUUUGGAUUUGAUGCAGAGGAAGCUUUGCAGACACUGCUAGAAAAGAAAAAAUAUCACUGAAAGGGACAACUUUUAAAAAGUGUAUAAGCUACUGUCUUUGAUUACUGUGUUCAUGGUUUGGUGUAGUUGUAUUUUCUUUUAAUUUUCAUCCUAUUAGUAAUGGUCGUCAGGGGUCUCUGUUAAAUAUAUGAACACCACGAACAGUGGGGCUGUACCUCCCAGGUAACCAACACAAGUUGUGUUUGAGUCUGCUCAUUUCCAAUACUGGAUGAUGUAUGUAAACAUGUUAUGUCUCUUAGUGGAAAAAAAAACAUUUUUUAGGGCUGGCUAACUGUCAGGCCUAAUUUAAAGACUAGAUAUAAGGUCAUGUGACUGCUGCUUCAAUAAAAACAAAUUUAUAUUCGA